AUGGCCCUCCUCUUUAAGAAAUAUGGUUUCGUGGUUCUAACUGGUGCUGCCAGCUUCACAAUGGUAGCUCAUCUAGCCAUCAACGUUUCCAAGGCCCGCAAGAAAUACAAGGUGGAGCAUCCUACCAUGGACAGCACGGACCCAGAAAAUGGGUGCUUCUUCAACUCCGUUCAGCGAGCCCACCAGAGCAUGUUGGAAAUUUAUCCUCCCUUCUUAUUUUUUCUAGCUGUUGGAGGUGUUUACCACCCGCAUAUAGCUUCUGGUUUGGGGUUGGCUUGGAUUGUUGGACGAGUUCUCUAUGCUUACGGCUAUUACACGGGAGAACCCAGCAAGCGGAAUCGAGGAGCCCUCAGAUCCAUCGCACUCAUUGGCUUGUUGGGCAGCACUGUGUGGUCUGCUUUCCAGCAUCUCAGCUGGGUGAAAACUGGCUUAACCAAUGGGUCCAAAUGCUGCCAUUGA